AAUUCUCAUUAUACGACGAGUUUCCAAGGACCUCAAAUUGUUGUUACUCCGCGAUGCAACACAUGUGUAACAUCUGAAUCAGCAGGAUAUUCUGGCAGGCUGUGGAUGAGUGUUGCCAUGGAGAACCUGGAGGACAAGUUUGCAGCUCUGUCAGUUGCUCGACGCCUGCAGCCUGGGGAGCCCACGUACCUGCUGGACCUUGUUGUUCACACUCCAGGCUCUGGGGGUGGGCUGGUGGCGGCUUGUUGCUCCAACCGCUCAGUUGUUCUGCACGACUCACACACCCUCAGUCUUCAGGGUGAGUUCAAGGGUCACACAGGGACAGUGUGCGGAGUGCGUUUUGCCCACACCUCUCCAGGCCUGCUGUUCUCAGGUUCUGCCGAUGGGACGUUGUGCGCCUGGGAUGUGCGCUGCCCUGGGUCGCAGGCUGUGCAGGUGUUCCAGAGCUCCCCCUCUCAUUCUUUCUGCAGCUUUGACAUCAGCUGCAAUGAUGUGGUGCUGUGUGCCGGCACCGAGCAAGUGGAGGAGGACAGCUUCCUGGUAUUCUGGGAUUCCCGCAUGGCGAAGGAGAGCGGCGGGGUUUUGGGGGUUUACUCUGAGUCGCACAGUGAUGACAUCACUCAGGUGCGCUUCCACCCUCAGGAUCCGGACCGCCUGGCUUCUGGCUCAACUGAUGGCCUGGUCAACGUCUAUGACCUGGGCCACGGCUCGGAAGAAGAAGCCCUGCUGGCCACCUGUAACUCCAGCUCUUCUGUCAGUGCGGUGUGCUGGGCCGGGAAAGACUAUGGCAGACUCCUGUGCCUGAGCCAUGAUGAGGGCCUCCACCUGUGGGACCUGGCCCAAAUGGAAACAGAGGAACCGCUGACCAUUCUGAGUGUCCCUGACGCCCGGGGUUCUGCCUCUCUCCCUGGGGAUUCGACCCUGGAUUACUUUGUAGGAGCAGCCUGGGUGGAGCAGGUGGAGAGGCUCCUGGUGAUGGGCGGCACCGUCAGAGGGGAGCUCCACCUCUUUGACUGCAGUGACCAGGGCCUGGAGCUGCUGAAGUCUCUGCAGGGGGGCCACUCCGCCACUGUGCGCUGUUUCCAGUGGGACCCUGCAGUGGGCGCUCUAUUCACAGGUGGGGAGGACGCACAGCUGGUGCAGUGGAAGCCCGGGGCGGAGGAACUCGAGUCUGGGAAGAGACACACCCUAAAAAGUGCCUCUGCGUUGAAGCUCAAAGCCGGACGCCACGGGAAGCACACAGGCAAGAGAGAGAAGUGACGUAGGGGUGGGGGCUGGGGAGGACAUCAAAAGGAAGGGAACAGUGUUCUGCUUUGUAGACCGUGUUUCCAUAGAUGGCACUGAGCACUGUCAGCUGAGAACAGCUGUGUAAGCAUCCGUCUAGGACGUCUUCUGGUGUUUUACGGUAAACCAAAAGGCUGCAGGCAUGCAGUACCGGGGGUCCAUGUAGGCCUGUGCAUUAGUACCCAGCACAGCUCAGGGCCACUGCCUUCCAGGAUGCACGCGCGGAAGGAAUGGCAGGUUUUUUCUAGGCACUCGCUGUUAAUAUUCGUGCCUUACCCUGAAUCAGUUGAUUGUCAGUUGGAGUUUGCUUCAAGUCUGCAGAGGCACAAGACCCGUGGGGUAGCCUUUCCCCUGUGCUUUUUCAAAGUUUAGGCCCGUUACCUACCUUGUGACCCCACACUAUGAAAGAUUAUCUGUUGGUUGUUUUUUUUGUUUUUUAAUCUAUCUUGAAUUUAGAAUUUUCUGCUCUGAAGUUUUAUAUAACCUUCAUCUUGGAUUCUAAUCACAGGGUUCAUAUUAUUAAGUCAGUGAGAUGAUAGUAUGCACAUAGGAGCAACAAUGUCCCGUCUUGUUCUACGAAAUAAAUAUAAUGAUAUUUAAUGAUGUUGACAUGGAAUUCAAUCUAGAGGCCUUCCCUGUAAUCACUCAAGAAAAUGAUAUUUGGAUGGUCCUGUGCAGUGUUGGGGUCAAAACCAGUAUACAGAGAAGAAAAUGCAAUACACUUUGGCAAGGGUUUGUUUUGGGUAAUUCUGAGAAGUACCUGUAAGAGGAUAGUCUGUUAUUCUCUAUUCAUUGCCAUCAAGCUUGCUCUUCGAUGAUAUAAGAUCAUUUUAAGUGUGUUUUAGACAUAGGCCUUUGUGUAUCAUGUAACUUCAGUAAAUCUUUUAAACCUUUGUGUGCUGGGUUGGAUAUCCUUGUUUUUGUGCACAACUAAAAGGAAUUGUUACGGAAUGGCUGGAUUGUUACAGAAUCUUCCUAAAACAGUUGGCAUGAACUCUGCAAAAAAAGCAUAAUCACUGUCAUUUUAUAAUGUUUUAUAGAAAGAGAUAAUUAUUCCAGCAAGGCUUUAUACCUUAACAUUCUUUGUACAUUAGAAACGGUAUCAUACAAGCAUAUGAAGACAAUUGCAUAAACCAUGACUGUUGUGCCAUUUGUUUUACUGUUAAGUGGCCUUUAAAUUUGUAUGAUUUGUCUCAGAGUUUUAGAAUGAAUGGGCUCAGUAGCCCAGUGUUUCAGAAAAGUAUUUUUAAAAUAUUUGAUCGUGACUUGAUACCUUUGACACCGUGUCAGGCAAUAAAUCAUAUGUUAGCAUUAUAACAGAAUGGCAAUGUUUUAUACAAACUGAACUUGUCGAAUAGGUUUAAUAAAUUGAUUACAGAAAUGCAUUCAGAUCUGAAAUUUCUUCAUCAGAUCAUAUUUAUUUUGACAAGAUUGUUAUAUAUUUUCCUGAAAAAUUAAAUGUGUAAAUCAGCAAUUCCUUAACUCUCUGCAAAACAUUCAAAGACCGGUAUUCUGUGGUAAAUUAUAUUUCAGAUGUAAUUAAAUUCUCUUGAGUGUAAUUUAUUUGAAUUGCAAUGAAUAAAAUUCCCAAUUUAACAAUUUAA